AUGGCACAAUAUUCAGGAGCGAAGCUGCAUCGGAGCAUGAAAACACUGUCUCCUGUUGAAACCAUGGCUGCCAAUGAUCCUCUGCCUCCAGGAUGGGAGAUUAAAAUCGACCCUCAGACCGGAUGGCCGUUUUUUGUGGAUCACAACAAUCGCAUCACAACGUGGAACGACCCCCGGCACGACAGUAAACGGGGUACUCAGCUUCCCUCCAAUGGCCCCUGUGCAUCUACAGAAUCCUCUCCUCAGGACAUGCACAAGGUUUUUUUUCCGGAGAUGAAACAGCCAACCCUACGUCAAGGCUAUAUCCCCAUCCCAGUCACCCAUGAAAAUGUUGAACCCAGGCAGCAACAGUAUCCACCAUUUUCUUAUAUGUAUCCAGCAAACCAGCAAAACCUAAGAGCAGAUGGCCGGACUCCAUCCCCGACUCCCACACUGCACUGUCGACCAAGAUCGCCAGUACAGGCCACGUCAGAGGCCGAUUCACACUGCCUGUCCUGUUCACCUGUUUCGCAUGGACCUGAGGUUCACCAUGUGCACCAUUCACCACAAGGAGCACAGUCUCAUACCAACUCGCAUCAUCAACCUUCCAGACCCAGCAGCACAGGCCUCCGGGCGGGCUAUAUUCCCAUUCCUGUCAUUCAUGAGGGGACUGGAGGCAGCCCACAAAUCCAGAAUGUCCAUCCUAAGCGCUUCUGGCAAACAGAAUACCAACCCUCCAUUCACAGCCGCCAACCAGAGGAGUGGAGUCCUGGCCCUGUGUUUUCCACAAGAGAAAAAGCCCCGACCUACCGUGAACAAGUGCCCAUCCAGCUUGAGCAGAAUCGCUCAGCUAGUCCUAUCUUACUCCCCAGUGUAAGGGCUCAGGAGCCAGUCAGAGCACAGGUCAUGAGUGAGAGGCCACAGGUCCAGCAGCAUGUUGUACACACAGAGAUUCCUCCAAAAGUUGAUCAUUCUGUUGAACAUCGUAUGAGCCACCCCAUUGAGAUUCCUAUUCAGAGAGUGGCUGAACCACAGCAACCUGUACCACAUCCCAUAUCACCACUGGCACAGCAUCCCAAACUAGAACCCGAACAGGAACUUGUACAGACCCCCAUACAACAGCGUAUACUAGAGCCUGUGCAGACCCCCAUACAACAGCGUAUACUAGAGCCUGUGCAGACCCCCAUACAACAGCGUAUACUAGAGCCUGUGCAGACCCCCAUACAACAGCGUGUACUAGAGCCUGUGCAGACCCACAUACAACAGCGUGUACUAGAGCCUGUGCAGACCCCCAUACAACAGCCUGUGCUAGAGCCUGUGCAAACCCCCAUACAACAGCCUGUGCUAUCUGAACAAGUGCCAGAAAUGCAAGAAUCUGCCAAUGCAGGUUCCAUGCAGGUUCCAGCAUCACCAGAACCCCAGGAACCAGCAGCUCCACAACCAGAAGUUCAACUUGAGGAGAAGGUGGAGCCAAGCUCAAGUCACCCAGGACUGACAAAGGUGCAGCAAAUAUUGGAGCGGGUGGAGAAACUGGCCCAGGAGGUGAAAUGUUUUGAUGGGAAAAAGAAUGAUAAAAGAUAUCUGACACUGGAGGAAUUUUUGACCAAAGAAUUGUUGGCUCUGGACUCAGUUGAUCCAGAGGGACGUCUAGAUGUGCGUCAGGCCCGACGUGAUGGUGUCCGCAGAGUACAAACCAUUCUUGAGGAACUGGAGACACUGGGUGAGCAAUCAGAAGCACAGAUGAGCACCAGCAGCACUGAAGCUGAGAAAGGAGAGCCUAGCUUGAUCAACCAGGUAGACGUGGAGAAGGCCAAGGAGAUAUCAUAACUGCAAACCAAAGCUCUAGUAUGAAAGAGACACAAAUCACAUCUCCUCAGUCUGUUAUUGGUUGCAUGCACAAUUAAUUUAAUUGUUCUGUUGGCUGACAGUUAAUGUGUGAUUUGUUUGCUGAGUGCAGUUAUGCGUGCUGUUAUGUGAUGGCGCUCUUGUGGAAUUUUACUGUACAAGUGUCUUGUAGCAGGACCAUAGUGGUGACCUUGUGGCGACUAAGUUUCAUCCUGAAACUCAGUCUCAAAUAAGAGGCCUUUCUUCAAAUGAAUGUGCUUUAUUUUUGCUUCUCCUUAGGACAAAUAUCCGAUGUUUGCCUUUAGUCUUUUCCAUGUAUGAUGAAAAGCUUUUGAAAUUCCAACAAGAAUACCUUCUGUUUCUUAGAAGAAGGCUGAUUUUGUUCAUUGAUUUUAUAACAGCAGGCAAAGACAAACAGUUAACAAGUAUAAAAAGGGUCAUGGUUUCACAUGAAAAACAAACUUAUUAUAUAUCUAUUCUUUACAUUUGGAAAACAAAAACUGAUCAGAUUAGCUGUGUUUUGACCAUAAUGUCGUGAUCUUGAUACUUGUCAACAUCAGUAUUAAUGGUUGAAUGAUACAGACAAGUGUUAUAUUUCUAUUCUAUUUUUGUGCCAAAAUGAACAUUUUUACAUAUUUUCCAGUGGUAAAAAUGUCCUCCAUCUCCAUUAAAGUGUAUUCUCUUAAAACACAAAAUAUACAUGAAUAAUAAACGACCUGAAAAGUA